UCUGCAUUAGUUAGAAUGACAUGAUCUCACAUCCACAAUCGAUAAUUUUGGUGCAAGGUUCUCUGGUUUAUGCCCUACAGUAGAAAGCUUGCUAGUUAGUCCGCGCUAGCUUCUGGUGCAAGAUGCAUGUAAUGAACUAGCUAUCCAACGUAGCGAAAGUUAGCUAGUGGGAGCUAUUUUUAGUAGCUUGUUAAUGCAUCUGUGCUAUAGUAUAGGCAGUUGCAAGCUAGUGUCAACACAUUAACUAGCAAGCUAAUAAUUAGCUAGCACGAUAAGCUAACCGUACCAGACUGCAGCACGUCAGUGGAAGUGAUUGGCAAGUCUCAUUUGGCAGAUGGCUAACUUGGUAGCUAGCUCCAUCGAGCCAUGCGACAGUGGUGCCUCCCGGCUGCGGUCCCGCGAACCGAACCAAUGCCCACAGGGCGCCUCUCACCCCCGCUAUCAGAUGUCAGGAUGGAGUGUUGUGAGGUGGAGCCACGCUAUACCAUCGAGCAGAUCGACCUCCUCCAGCGUCUCCGUCUCUCAGGGAUGACCAAGCCACAGAUCAUCCAGGCCUUGGAGUCCCUAGAGCGGCUAGAUCCCGACCAUCGGCCCCCGUACUGCAACGACACCCACACCGCCAACCCGACCAACGACACCACCCCUAUCACAGCCUCCGCCCCAGCCCCCUCCUCCUCUUCCUCCUCCUCUUCUUCCUCCCUCUCCUUGGCCUCCGCCACAACGCAGACCCCUGGGCUGGACGGAGCCUCGCUGUCGCCUAGCAACAGCUAUGAGGCCUCUCCCCCGCCGAUGUACCCACACGGGGUUGGAGUUCAGAAGUCGCUUAGCUAUGACAUCAUGGCAGAGGAGGACUGGGAUCUGGAGGAGAAGGUGGAGGAGUACAUGAGGAGGGACAGUAACCUGGUGAAGGAGGAGAUUAAAACCUUCCUCAACAAUCGCAGGAUCUCCCAGGCCAUCGUGGGACAGGUCACAGGUAUCAGUCAGAGCUAUAUCUCUCAGUGGUUGCUGCAGCAGGGCUUGGAGAUGAGCGACUCCAAACGCAGAGCCUUCUACCGUUGGUACCUGCUUGAGCGAAACAACCCAGGUGCUACCCUGUCGAUGCGCUCCCUGGUGAAGGAGGAGCCUGAUUGGAGGACGGGGGUCAGCCCCGGGGAGAGGGGCGGGGUGGUGGGCGGUCCUCUGAGGCUGCGGAGGGGAAGCAGGUUCACCUGGAGGAAGGAGUGCCAGUCAAUCAUGGAGAGUUUCUUCAUGGAGAACCAGUACCCUGAUGAAGCGAAGAGAGAGGAGAUCGCUAACGCCUGUAACUCAGUCAUCCAGAAACCUGGAUGCAAGCUGUCCGAGUUUGAGCGUGUCACGGCUCUGAAAGUGUACAACUGGUUCGCCAACCGCCGGAAAGAGAUGAAGAGACGGGCUAAUAUAGAGGCAGCCAUCUUGGAGAGUCAUGGUAUCGAGGUUCCAAGCCCGAGCUGUCAAUCCAACGGGGAGGAGUUGGAACCACAGGACUUCGCAGAGCAAGUGAAUCAACGAUUCAUCGAGCAAGAAGAGAUCUCUUCCAGGAAGGACCUUGAUCUACAAGACACCUCCUCAUUGGCUGCCGUCGAGGUCCUUCCCCCUCCAAGCCCCACCUCUCAGGUUCUGGAACAGAAAGCUGACGAAUCGAAGAGAGAGACAGUGGACGAGGAGUGACCAAUGGGAGAGCGUGGAUUUGAAUAUAUAACGGCAUAUUAAAAUAUAAUAUUAAUAAUA